GCAGGUGUAUUAAUGCAUGAGAGCGCAUGACCGUGAGACAGGAAGAGCAGUAGAAGACAACGAAGAGUAGAGAUGUGGGCGCUCAUGGUGUUGCUCGUGGUUUUGCUGAUAGGAUACACAAUCCUCACACGAACCAUCUUCAAAAAGUCCAAAUGUAAAGGAAACAGACCCAUUGCCGGGAAAUGCGUCAUAAUCACAGGAGGAAACACUGGCAUUGGUAAAGCCACAGCCCUGCACUUGGCCAGAAGAGGCGCCAGAGUCAUCCUGGCCUGUCGAAACCGGGACAAAGCUGAGGCUGCUAUUGCUGAAAUACAACAGGAAACAGGAAGUACUGACAGUGUUUACAUGCACCUGGACCUGGCUAGUCUCAAAUCUGUACGAAGUUUUGCUGAAACUUUUCUGAACACUGAGAAGCGACUGGAUCUGCUCAUCAACAAUGCAGGUUUAGUUGGUGACGGUCGGACAGAGGAUGGCUUCGGCGUGCAGUUUGGUGUUAAUCACCUGGGCCACUUCCUGUUGACCUGCCUGCUGCUGAAGAGGAUGAAGGACACGGGAGGAGGAAGAGUGAUCACACUGUCCUCCAUGGCUCAUCAGUGGGGACACAUUGACUUUGAUUCCCUGGCUCUGAACAGACACCUGGGCACCGGCAGUUACAGCUGGCAGUUCUUCCAUGCCUACUGCAGCAGUAAACUCUGUAAUGUCCUCUUCACAUAUGAGCUUGCCAAGAGGCUGAAAGGAAGUGAUGUCACAUGCUACAGCGUCCACCCUGGAGUUGUUCGUACAGAACUGUCCAGAAACGUCAGCCUGUGGCAGAAGGUCUUCAUUGAGCCGGUGGCCCGUCUGCUCUUCCUGACUCCAGAGGACGGAGCUCAGACCACGCUGCACUGCGCCCUGCAGGAGGGUCUUGAACAGCUGAGUGGACACUACUUCUCUUGCUGCGCUGCACAGGAAAUGGGGGCAAAGGCCAAAGAUGAUGCCGUGGCCCGGAAGUUGUGGGAGUUCAGUGAGAUGCUGUGCGGCCUCUCCUGAAGUGGACCGCAGAUGAUGGACUUGAGAUUUUUUUUUCUAUCAGCUUUGCUUGAAGUGUAAAUACAUGCAUAACAAAAGUCUGAGAAUUUAAACAUCUUUUUUUUUUUUUAAUACCAGACUUAAGUGUAGUACAGAAAUAAAGGUUUUAGACACUGGGCCCUAGACAAGGCUAAUAAAACCAAUGUCAGCUCAUGUUUGUUAUAUCAAAAGAGAUGGCUUUUUCAACAGAAAACUGAUGUCUGUAAAACACUUCAGACUUCCAAACCAAAGUUUAGAGAAAAUUAACUGCCUCUAUCCUUAAGUUCAAUCGUUUCAUUUGCUGUUUUAAAUAUUUCAGCAGAGAGCAUGUCAGAGAUGCGGUGACCUCUAAGACAGCAGUAGACUCUGUGUCACUAACAACUACAGUGCCUUCAAGAAGGAUCCACUCAAGUCAGAUGUUUUCACCUUUUAUAAAAGAAAUUGUGAUCAAUGUCAUUUUGCCUUUUGUAGUUUGCUUAACAGUUCUCAGUUGGAGUUAACCUCCAUCUCUCCUGUUGGCAUCAAGGUACAGGGCACUGAUAAAGUGGCACGUUGAAACAUUUUAUUAGUAUUAAGUAGAAAGAUGUAGCUUAUUGUUCUCUAACUGCAGAGCAGCCAGCUUUACUGAUUAACCAACAUUUCACUUUCUAAGAACUGGGACCAGGUUCCUAUGGUACGGUCCAUGUUGUCAGCC